AGCGACGACCUUUCCUGUAGUGGUUAAGCUUGGUCACGCUCACGCCGGUAUGGGCAAGGUGAAGGUGGAGAGUCAUUAUGAUUUCCAAGAUAUAGCCAGCGUGGUGGCUCUGGCAAAAACCUACGCUACCACUGAGCCUUACAUCGACUCCAAGUACGACGUCAGGAUCCAGAAGAUAGGCAGCAAUUACAAAGCCUACAUGAGAACCUCCAUUUCCGGCAACUGGAAGGCGAACACAGGAUCUGCAAUGCUGGAGCAGAUCGCCAUGUCUGAUCGGUACGUCUCUUAG